AUGAUAGAAGUAGCUGCUGCAACCAGGUUGAUCGAAGAGGAACUUGAGGACGAUGUUGUUGACGCUGCUGAUGUAGUUGUUAGCAAUGAAGAGCUGACAGCUGUAGACGAAGACGACGCUGUGAGGGACGAAGAAAGCGUCGAUGUGAACGAAGAUGCAAUCGAAGUGGAUAGGGAUGACGCAGACGUUGUUGACAGCAUUGUUGACGAGGUAGGCGUAAAGAGACUCGUUGAAAACGUUGAUGAGGUCGUCGUUGAAGGGGUAAUAUAUGUACUUAAAGUUUGCGUAGUCGACGUCAAAGAGGUACUCGUCAUAGUGGACGUGUAUAUACUGGAGGUCGAUGAUAGAGAUGUCGAUAGAGCAGAGGCUGAGAUAGAAACAUAUGUACUUGAUGUUGACAUAGUUGAAAAUAUUAGAGAUACUGCGGAUGUGAUUGACGAUGAGGAGGCUAACGUAGACGAGGACGUCGUUGUUAUACUCGACGUAGAAAACGCAGACGACGAAGUGGCCAGCGUAGAUAAGGCUGACGAUAAGGUUGACGUUGAAGCAGACGUCAAAACGGAUGGAGAUGAGGCAGAGGUUAUAAUGCUUGCCGACGAUGAUGUUGUUGAGGGAGUUGUGCUUAGGGCAACUGGCGUUGUAGACGCUGAACUUGAAGCAGAUGUAGAUGCACUCGACGUAGUAGUCCCGGCGGUAGAAGUACUAGACGCGGACGCUCCAGGCGUGGUUGUCACUGACAAGGACGUGCUAGGUGUGGACGUGCUAGGUGUGGACGUACCAGGCGUGGAUGUGCCAGGCGUGGAUGUGCCAGGUGUGGACGUGCCAGGUGUGGACGUAGUAAAAGCUGGAGUCCCUAGAUCUGUGGAUAAGGUCGAAGACACAGACGUCGAGCCAGUCGAUGAUAGUACGGCGGUUGAUGACGAAGACGUCACUAUUGCCGUUAUAGAGAUCGAAGUCAGAGACGAAGACACUAGCGAAGGAGACAAGCUGGAGGCGGAAGUAGAGGAGGCAAAUAAUUGCGAGAGACUUGUCGCUGAUGUCGACGAUAAAAAUGCAGUGGAAGUCUGUGAUGCCAAAGAUGACGAUGACGAAAUUGAUGCGGAUUCUCCAGAUCGAUUAUCCCCAGAGGGACUGUACGGAGAAGCGACCCCAGGUGAUGAUACCGCGGUUGAUGUAGAUAAGGUUGAGGACGUUGUUAGUAAGGAUAAUGACUCUAUCGAUGAAUAUGAGGACGAUGCUGUCGAGGAUGAAGACGCUGUAGAGGAAAGCGAGGAUGUUAUCGACGAGUAUAAAGACGUCGUAGCCGAGGAUGAGGUUGGUAUAGAUGAUGGUGAGGAUGUGCCCGACGAAUAUGGAAACAGUGUAGAAAACGUUGAGGACGAUGAGCUCGAUAUAUCUAGUGUUGGGGCAGCAGUAGGUGAUGAUGGCGAUGAUAAUGACGAAGGUGAAGAUGAGGGUGAUGACGAGGUUGAGGCCAAAGAAGCAGUCGACAACCAUGAUGAAAGUACGGCUAAAGAAGACGAAGAUGGAGAGGUCAACGUACCGACUGAAGGCAAAGUGCUCGUACUUUGGGUCUGCAAGAUGCUUGAGCUCUGUGUCGAACUUGUCGAAGGCGACGGACUACUUGUAGCGCUUGAUGUAGGCUGA